AUGACAGUCCCUCCUGAAGAGUUAAGGUGUCCAUCAUCAUUGCAACUUAUGUACGAUCCAGUUAUUAUAGCUUCUGGACAAACAUAUGAAAGGGUUUGCAUUGAAAAAUGGUUCUGUGAUGGCCACAAUACUUGCCCUAAAACUCAGCAGCAGCUCCCUCAUUUAUUGUUGACUCCAAAUUAUUGUGUUAAAGGUUUGGUGGCUACUUGGUGCGAACAGAAUGGUAUUCCUGUUCCAGAUGGUCCACCAGAGUCCCUUGACCUUAAUUACUGGCGGUUAGUGUUAUCAGAGAGUGACUCUACAAAUUCGAAGUCAUUAGAAAGUAUCAGUUCGUGCAAGUGCAAGGGCAAGGGUGUUAAGGUGGUACCUUUGAAUGACAGUGGGACCAUUGAGGAAGCUGAAAGAAAUGAAGAGGAAGAGAUUUCUACACAGGAGGAUGAUUGUGAAGUUAAUAUCUUUCAGAAAUACAAGGAUUAUCUGAGAAUAUUGGAGAAUGAGGAUGACUUGAUCAAGAAAUGCAAAGUGGUAGAGGAAAUAAGACACUUGCUAAAGGAUGACGAGGAAGCCAGGAUUUAUAUGGGGGCUAAUGGUUUUGUUGAAGCAUUGCUGCUAUUUUUGGAGUCUGCUGUCUAUGCCAAGAAUGGGGUGGCUCAGGAAAUUGGAGCAAUGGCUCUAUUCAACCUUGCAGUAAAUAAUAACAGAAACAAAGAGUUGAUGCUGGCAUCAGGAGUACUUCCAAUAUUGCAGAACAUGAUUGUCGAUACUGAUUCUGAGGUCAAGCCUGCUAUAGGAACUACGGAGGCUGUCCCUUUCUUGAUCCAGGUUCUUAAGAAUGAAACUCACGAGCAAUGUAAACUGGAUGCUCUCCACACACUAUAUAACAUAUCGAGUCAAGCCACGAAUAUUCCUUACCUCCUGUCAGCUGGCAUUGUGGAUACCCUCCAAACUCUCAUCACAAAUCCGGGCGACCAAGCUUGGACCGAGAAACGCAUUGCUGUGUUAAUAUAUCUAGCCUCAAGCAACACCGCAAGAGAUGAGAUGAUAAAGACUCCUGGGCUGCUUGCCAACAUUCUGGAUGUUGGUGAGCCCAUCGAACAAGAACAAGCUGUGGCUUGCCUUCUGAUAUUAUGCAAUGCGAGUGAGAAGUGCAGUCAAAUGGUCCUACAAGAAGGGGUGAUACCUUCGUUGGUGUCCAUUUCAGUGAAUGGGAUGUUAGCCAUUCUUUACUGA